AUGGCCAGCACUCUCACUGCGAGUCUCAAGACUUCCCCCGUGGCCCCUAGACGUCGCUCGCGCUCGGAGGGAUCCACAAAAGCGGCCGAGGAGCUCCAGGCGUCGCUAGCACAGGCACAACACACACGCUUCUCGAUGACGGAGCUGUACGUUCGAACAUCCGACGGUGUGGUCUUCCAGGACGAAGAUUUUCAGCGGGAGACUGUCGCCAAGGCUGAACGGCUAGUUGAGACGGCGCUGAGCCCCGAGAGCUCGGAACGCAACGCACUUAUCGCCAAGAAGGCGCUCAAGUACCGCGAAAUGCGCUCGCGACGACCGAAUAAAGAGAUGCGACAGCCCGAGAUGGCUUUUCGAAUGCAGAGCUGCCCCGUGCCGACCGGACCUUAG